AUUUAAAGGAAAAUAAUAAAAUUUAAAGGUUAAUAAUAAAAUUUAAAGGUUCGUUUCUAAUUUCCAAGCCUAGAUUUAAAUAUGUUUCAAAACCGUGUCGCCAUCUCUCGGAGCAAUUCCGCGCGAUGUAGAGGUAUCGGCCGCGAAAGAUUUCCUCCGAGUGCCCGGAUGACGCGUGACGUCAUUCCCCGUGCAAGCGCCUGCGCCGUGCGUGUCCCUCCAUUCUGAAACCUUCAAGAUGGCCGACGCAGUGCAAUCUUCUUGUGCGGCUCCCCUUUUCAAGCGGCCACGACUCGAAUUCUCUCCUUGCGACGGCGAGAGCCUCAUAUCGUUCGAAUCCGCAUCGUCCGAGGAGAGGUUUAGCAUCGAUUCCGGACUGCAGGAAGACGCCUACGAGGCAACAUCGUCAGAAGACUGCCCGGCACAACCACCAAAUCCACAUCCGGAGUCUCAGACCCUGGUCUUCGACCAGUGCACAGAGAGCGGUUUUGUGCCCCAGAGUGCUGCUGGCGUAUUGCACCAGGAAGCUCCAGAACAAGAAGAUGAUGAUGAUGGUGAUUCCUCCAUCAUGAGAAUAUGUCGAUCCCCAAAGCAGAAUAUUUGA